CUCAUUCGACACUUCAAUGUACUCUAGUUUUUUGUGCUUAGCAUGUUUUAUUUUGUUCCCUAAUCAUCCAAUAUAUUCAUGGGACAUUGCAUCGAAAUGCAUAGCUUUUCACAGGAUCAUCUGACAAGCUAGUGGCACCGAAGUUCAUGGUCAUUGCUCAAUAUGCAAACUGAAAGAUACAUCUGGACGUCAUUUGUUACAGUUUUAGGGCUCUCUUUCUUAGUGUUUUGUUCCAAUCUUACUUUGUUGACAUCUGAGCAAGAAGAAGAUAACAACAUAUGCCAAAAAUACCCAAAGAGUUUAGUAGGCACGAUUUACCCUAAUCUUACGGAUACAUCCUAUGAAGACAUGGAGUUCAGAUUUACAUGGGUGCAAACAGGAGGCCACCAUACACCCACAAGAUGCAAACCUAGGGAACGGGUAGCCAUUUUAAUUCCAUUCCGCAAUCGGAAUAACCAUUUAAGGAUAUUGCUGAACAAUUUACAUCCAAUAUUAUAUCGUCAGCAACUAGAGUAUUCCAUAUAUGUUUUGAAACAGGCUGACGAAAAGCCUUUCAACAAGGGAAUGCUGUUCAAUAUUGGAUACCUAGAGGCAAAAAAAGAUAACCAUACUUGUUUUGUCUUCCAUGAUGUUGAUCUAAUUCCUGAGAAUGACAAUAUACUAUAUGGAUGUGUAAGAAGUCCCAUGCAUUUGUCAAGAGCAGUAAAUACGUUAAACUACAAAUUACCUGACAAACGUUUGUUGGGAGGUGUCACUGCCUGGAAAACAAAAGAGUUUGAGCAGGUCAAUGGCUGGUCCAAUCUGUUUGUGAACUGGGGCGGUGAAGAUGAUGAUAUGAGCUACAGAACAAUAGCAAAUAAAUUGUCGAUCUUUCGUUUUCGGAACUCUCUGGCAAGAUACAAAAUGUUAAAGCACAGAAGAACCCCUGUUAACACAGCGAGACACACACAAUUAAAGGACAGCUACACUCGGUAUAAGAUUGAUGGUUUGUCAUCAUUGGUAUAUCAAAGUCCUAGAAUCCAACGUUAUAACUUAUUCACAAUGGUGUCAAUAGAUACGUGAAAAUCCUGUUCUGAAAUGUUUUCAACUAGCAUCCUUACAUUUAAGAUAGAUAAAAGUUGUACAGCUUGAGAAUGCUCAUCUGGGCUUUUUUUUUAAAGAAGGCAUGAUGGCUUGGUAUUAAAAAAAGAUUGAUUGUAAACUGCCUUUCAUGAUUUUUCACUAAAAGCCUUGUAAGCCAUGAAAACGAAAUACAUAUGUAGACCUUUUUGAUUUGAGCGUAUGUUACUCUGUUUUUAUAAACUUGAUUUUAAUUAUCUGAUGAAGAAAUAGAAAGCAAUGUAGUCUUGUUUAUUUGUCAUUUCAUUGUGUUUGUGAGAUAUUGGUGUGGCAAACGCUAAAAAUGUAAGUACUUGUUACUUACAAAUACGAUCUAAUGUAUGGAAAUUUAGAUGUGUAUAAUACUGAAAAACAUUAUGUAGAACUGUUACUAACAGCGCUGUAUAAAUUUGAUUUUCUUUCUAAACUGUACCUGUGGUUACCAUUCCGUUAAGAUAGUUUAACAUGGUAAUGUCUUGAUAGAGAUGAGAUUGAAAACGCGAUAGAUGAACAGCAGACAAAGGCAGACAAUUGACAUCAUUUAAAUAGUAUGCUUGGACACACAGUAUGAUGCUAUGGUAUAUAACAGUCGAUUGGCUCUUACAGUGGGUCGUAAAUAUGUAUGUUAACCAUCAAAACAGCACCUUAUAUUGUAUCUAACCUCUUAUGUAAAGUUUGUAAGGAUCAUAUUGUUUAAUCUGCAUUGAUGCGAAAUCAAAUCAAUUUCUUAAAUUUACAAGAAAAACGUGUUUGGUUGGUUGUGAAAUUUACAAAAUAACACCAAAAAAAAUAAUAACCAAAAAAAAAAUUAUAUUCGGUAGUUUCACAUUGUUUUGACUUACAGAGCGUACGCUUGGCAAACUCAAAGUAUUUUUAGAAUUUUUAAAUGAAAUGAUCGGGUUUUAACAGAUAUGAAUGAUUCUCCAGAACAUUGAGCACAAUGAAAUAUAUACUCCUCUAUUUGUCCCGAUAUGUUGCAUCAUGCUGCUUUGAUCAAACUUAUGACCAUUGUUGUUUAGGUGAGCGAUGUGGCCACACGAACUGUUGUUUAAAAAUGAUAUUGUAGUGUGUACAAUUAA